GUUUUCACUGUUAAGUGUUUAGUAAAUCACAUCUCAUUUGAUAACAAGUAUUAGCGUUUGAAUGGUUUGAAUGGCUUUCAAUAAAUUAGAGAAAGAGAAACAGAAAUUAGUUUCAGAGAAAUGUCAGACCAUUUUGGCUCAACUUCUUCGCGAUGAUGACAACAAGUAUUGCGUGGAUUGCGAUGCGAAAGGACCAAGGUGGGCCGCUUGGAACUUAGGCAUCUUCUUAUGCAUCCGAUGCGCCGGUAUUCACCGCAAUCUUGGUGUCCACAUAUCACGUGUCAAGUCCGUCAAUCUGGACGCCUGGACACCCGAACAGAUUGCUUGCAUUCAAAAUAUGGGUAACUCUAAGGCUAGGGCUGUAUAUGAGGCCAACCUUCCGGAUAACUUCCGGCGCCCGCAGACCGACUCCACUCUCGAAGCGUUCAUUAGAGCUAAAUAUGAGCAGAAGAAGUACAUCGCGAAGGAAUGGGUCGAACCUCCGCCCCCUAAACCAGCCUUUGAUAUCGAAGAAGAAUUGCGUAAAGAAAAGGAGAAGAAACGACAUAAGAAUAGGACAUUUCCAACCCCUGGAAGCGCUCUUGAAGUUCAGGCCAACCCUCUGCCCCGUCCCAACUCAACUGCUGUGACAACAACUGCUAUAAGUGCUGACAAAAUCAUACAAAAGACUGAAAAUGGGAAGAAUAGUGACGACCUGUUGGGACUCGAAAUGAAUAGCUCUUCGGCGGCCAAAGGGGAUGACGACUCAUUCGGUCUAUUCGUCACUUCUCUCGAUUCAAAAGACAAUACCUCUGACACUAAGACUGAAUCUAAAACUAAAUCCGAUGAAGAGUCGGAUUUCUUUAAUCAAAAGGCGCCGACAGAUGACAAGAAAGUAAUGUCUAAAGAAUCGAUUUUAUCACUCUAUGGAAGCGCUCCUCCGCCUUCAAUACCACAAACACAACAACCAAUUCUUGGGUCGCAGAACACGGCAUACAAUGCCUCCAAUGCAUCGCUAUUUAUGGGACAAUUUGUGCCUAAUUCCCAACCAAUCGCACCACAAACACAAAACGCUAUGUUUUUGCCACAAAACACUCCCAUCGAUGCAAUGCACACAUCGAUGGCACAGACAUCGAAUCUAAUGAGUCAGUCUAACUUUCCUCUAACGACAAACCCUUUUCUCGCUAACACUUCAAAGAGCUCUAACUUUGGUCAGCAAACUGUCCAACAGUUACCACAACAUAUGGCAACUCUUCAGAUGAAUCCAAUGUCUGCACCCAAUCCCCCCGCAAAUCCGAUCCCAAACAACAAUUGGUUCCAAAUGGCACCGCAAAACACUGGCUUACCAGUGCCUCAACCCGGAGCCAUUAAUCCAUUUAUGACAGCCGCCCCAAUACCAGCUGGUGUUCCCUUUGGUAAUAACUUUGGUUCAUUUGAUCUGAAUUCCGGCCAAAUGUUCCCACAAACCGAUAGCAGUAGCUCUCAAUGGGCUUUCAAUGGCAACAAUUCUCUUAAUCAAUCUUCAGGAGUAACCGCUUCUACCAAUUUGUGGCAAUAACUCUCAACAGAUAAUUGUUAUUGGAUUAUGAGUUUUAGUUUAUUAUGAAACGCUCGAUAUAUAUAUAUAAUUAAUAUAAUAUUUAUUUAAAAUAUUUGCUCUAAUGCUUAGGAAUAAAAGAGUUUUGAAAUAGUAGUCAUUUAAAAGCCAUAAUUCAAGAGAUGACUCAAGAGAUUAAGUGUACCUAAAAUUGUUUUAUACAAAAAUGUUACGUUUUUGUUGACGACCCUGUUUAUCAAAUCAAAUUUAAUCCCAACACUUAAGCAUAUAUUGAAUGAGUAUUUUUAUUAUAUUCUGAAUAUAUUUUCUAUUUUAUUCUCUUUGCAAACAUUCCUGAAAUGUGACAAAUGUUUACAUUAUUUGAAGACCAA